AUCAAGUUUUCAGAAUCGGACUACUUUGGCAACGUCUUGCAAACCCGCAAGUAUUUAGCACAAUCUGAUUUCUUCUGGCUAAGAAAAGCUGUUCCAAAAACAGAAUGGUUUACAAGCCCAACAACCGUCAAUGCCUUCUACAGUGCAUCUACCAACCAGAUCCGAUUUCCAGCAGGAGAACUCCAGAAGCCUUUCUUUUGGGGAACAGAAUAUCCUCGAUCUCUGAGUUAUGGUGCUAUAGGAGUAAUCGUUGGCCAUGAAUUUACACAUGGAUUUGAUAAUAAUGGUAGAAAAUACGAUAAAAAUGGAAAUCUGGAUCCUUGGUGGUCUGUGGACUCAGAAGAAAAGUUUAAGGAAAAAACAAAGUGCAUGAUUAACCAGUAUAGUAACUAUUAUUGGAAGAAAGCUGGCUUAAAUGUGAAGGGGAAGAGGACCCUGGGAGAAAAUAUUGCUGAUAAUGGGGGUCUGCGAGAAGCUUUUAGGGCUUACAGGAAAUGGGUAAACGACAGAAGGCAGGGUGUUGAGGAGCCACUCCUGCCAGGCAUAGCAUUCACCAACAACCAGCUCUUCUUCCUGAGUUAUGCUCAUGUGAGGUGCAAUUCCUACAGACCAGAAGCUGCCAGAGAACAAAUUCAAAUUGGUGCUCACAGCCCCCCUCAAUUUAGGGUCAAUGGUGCCAUUAGUAACUUUGAAGAAUUCCAGAAGGCUUUUAACUGUCCACCUAAUUCCACAAUGAACAGAGGCAUGGACUCCUGCAGACUUUGGUAGUUGAAGUGGUGGUUUCUUCAGUCCUGAGAGAGUUGCCCAGUAACGGCAGAGGUGGCACUAAACACUCAUUGACCACUGCUUUAGGCCUAUAUUCCCUUGAGGACUUUUAUUUUUAAUGCAUUUUCAUUAUUUGGGUAGAUGACCUGCUUGAUACCUGUUCAAAGUCAUAGGGCUUAAAAAGGGAAUACAAGAAAUGAACCAAGUAUGUUGCUUUGGAAAACCAAACCAACAAAAAUAAAUCCCUAGGCUACUUUUGUUAAAAUGCUCUCUGCUGAUGCUGCUAUUGUCCAUUUUAGUGUGUUAGCCACAGCAAAGUGGUACAUACCAUCUCAGUCUAUAGC